UGGAUGUCAACACUUUCGUUUUGCAGUCUGGUUUUCACAACCGUCACCGCAGGCAGCAGGAAUUUUAGCUCACGUCAUGUGCUGGUACUUCAAGCACUCUCGCAGUCUAGAUAUACAGUAGUGUGUCUUGUAGGUAACAACUCAUUGAAGCGGAAGCAAUAGUUUGUACACAGCCGCUCAGCAUACUUGGAAAGCAUUCACAGUCUAUAUUUAGAAAGCUUAUAAACCAUAUAUUUGUUCAUAAACCAAGAGUGUGGUAUCAUAUUGACACAUUUGGUAUAUGUUUUAUAGAUCCGGUGUUAUUUUAAGUUGUGUCGCUUUCUGUAAAUGUAUAACCAUGCCGGGCGAAGAAGAAAAAAGCAAAAAGUCUGUGAGCAACUUGGCACAGAUGUUCGGACAACAGGGCGGAGGAUACAGACCUACUCCCGGACCAAAAACGGGUGGAGUCGCAAACCGAUGGAAACCGCCCCCACCUACAACGCCAGCAGAAACAAAUAAGCCUUCGGUCCCGCAAAGACAUACUAACAAUGAAAAUAACUCUACAAACGAACCAGAAUGGGCAAAGUCAAGACUAAAGCCAACAAGCAGUGCAACAAACAACAACGAAUCAAACGGAGGAAUUGCGGCGAGAAUAAAUUCGUUCGGCAAUGCAUCGUCUGCAAUCAAUAAACCAACUCUCGCUUCAAAGAACACGCCGCCGGCUUGGGCCCCAAAGGCCCCGAGCGGCCAUGCACCGGCUUGGAAAACCGCUGGGGGACCGGGUCGCUUCGGCAACAACAACAGCACAGCGGAUAGUGAGCCUAAGGCACCACAAAACAAUUCGUUUUUGCAGGAAAAACGUGCCCAAUUCUCCGCUCCUGUUGCACGUACGGGUUCGCAGGGUAAAGCGGACCAAUCGUGGAGAAAUCAACAAAAACCCAAUGAAUUUCCGAAGCCGCAGCAUCUGAACACACCUUUUAACCGCAAAAGUGACGCUCCUAAAUUACAGAAGGACUUGCCAAAUCCGCCACCUGAUCUGCCCAAGCCACCUGGCGAUAUGAUGAAGCCACAACAUAACAUGGCCAAGCCAUCUACUGAUUUUCCAAAGCCCCCCGCUGAUAAACCAAAACAGUUCUCAAGUCUGUUUCCCAAACCAGCAACUGAAAACAAGCCGAAGCCGCCACAAAACGAAAAACCGGAGCGCUUUCGGUUUCCUGAUAGCCAUGCAAACGGCGAACGAGUUCCCCACCCAACACCCGCACCAGAUGUAGAACAGAAAAUCGAAAGGAAGCCGUCGUCAUUCCUGCACAAAGUGAAACGCAACGGUCCUCCAGCCAUGAAGCAACUUCCCCCACAUGUUUACAACAAACCGCCUCCUUUAAAACCAAAAAAGCCCCCAAAUGUAAAACUACCUGGCCAAGAUUCUUCAUUUGAAUUCUUGCCCCCACCCCCGCCUGCGGCAACCUUAAGGCCUCUUCCAACCCCAGUGCCAAGAUCGUUGCCUGACCAGCCCCCUGCUGUACCAAGGGACUUCCCCAAACCUGCUUCUAUGCUUGGGUCCAAACCCCCACCCCCACCUGGCGGGCCAAGAUCCCAGCCUUCCCUCCCACCUCCACCCUCAGCACAAGAUGAUGUUUAUGAUGACACAGAUGUUCCUCCACCCCUCCCCCCACUUAUGAAACAUCACCAACAACAACAACAAGAACCAAUGGAAAUACCAACAUGGGACGAUGAAGAUGAUGAAAUAUCGGAUGCUCUUUAUGAUGAAACUCCUGACAGUAACAUGAAACGACCCAGCAUAGCUGUCAGUACCCAAAGUGAUCAGGAUGAUGAGUUGUAUGAGGAUGUUGAAACUUACCAAAAACUGAAAGCAAUGAAAAUGAAACAAGAGAAACCCAACAAAGAUGAAGACAAAAAGAAGUUAGACAAAAAGGACAAGGAAAUGAGAAAAAAAUUUAAGCUUCCAAAAGAAGGGGAGAUCACUGUGGAGAGUUAUGGAAACAUCAAGGAGGAUGCUCGUGGAGGAGGAAAAGAUCUUUGUGUCCGAGCACAGGAGAAGAUCGACAUUAUUCGGAUGAUGAAUAAUCCUAGAGGAAAAUGGUUGAUACGUAACAUGGAAGGGACAUAUGGUUUUGUUGAUUCCGACAAUGUUGACGUCAACAUGAAUGUUAUGAAGUCAACACUUCAUUCUUUUGGCAACAACAGGGGCUCAACAGUGUCACAUAACCCCCCUCAAAUACCUGAAGAACCAGAAGAAGCUAUAUAUGAUGAAACUGCUCCCGAAGAUCUGUAUGAUGAGAUUUAAUGUUGUUGUUUGCUAAAAGCUUUGAAACAAUAUGUUCACCUUACUCCGAAACAAUUGCUUCUAAAGUUGUUGUCGACAUUUUUAUUAAAUCAAAAAAAUGUAGAGACAAAAUUUUAGAUUUCUUUUAUUGCCGAAUGCAGUAUUUUAUUUUUUCGAUUAAAUGCAUUAUUCUAUUAAUCUAUGUGUCAAUUAAAGUUUAUUAACAAUUUGUUUAAAUAAGCUUUUAUUCAUUUUUGCUAUACAUUUUAAUUUUCUGAAUAUUUUAAUGACCUAUUUCAUUAUAUAACUUCCUCCUUCUUGUAUAUUAAAUUAUAGUCGAAAUUUUAGUUGAUUUCUUGACUGGCAAUCCACUGUGGAGCAAUUUUAUUGGUUGCCAUGCCACGCUGACAUUUUUUACAAUAUUUUCCAACAUCCAGUAACCAUAUGGCUGUGGGUUGAUAUUAUUUAAAGGCAAAAAUGGCCAUAUAGAGUCCUACAGCUCAAACAGUUGUUAAUGUCAAAAUUCUGGAUGGUGUUUUUAAUAUCCAGCAUUUUUUGUAUUUAUUUGUUACAUACGUGGAAAUUUGAAUAUGUUGACCAAAUCAUUCUAAAUUUACACCAAAUCAUUGUGUACUUAUACUUUCACCAAAUCAUUGUAAAUUUACACUUGAUAUAGUUGGACCAAGAUUUAGACUAUAUACAAUUUAAUGUUAGCUGUGCAGAAUUUGUAUUUUAAACACAACACAUGCACCUGAUUCUUAACGUUGGCCACUUUAGAUUCCUUGAUUCAUUUUGAUUCGUAUUUUAUAGUCCUAUAUUGUUGUUAAUUGUUUUAAUUAUGAUUCUUUAUUUACUUGUUUUCCCUACAUGCACAUGUUCCCUACAAUGAAAUUUGGGGACAAUAAACUGGAAACUGAAACGUCCAAGACAAAA